AGAAGCUUUAGUUGAAGCGAGAAUCGUUAGUAUCGAAUGGAUACUCAAUCUCAGUUGUUUGUUCUUGUUAAUGGGACUGUCAGUUGAAAGUACUGUGACAACAAGUAGAUGCUUUCAAUACAAAGAAUGCUGGACGUGCGUUGGAGAUCCCUGUUCCAGGCGCAAAGAAGCCGAAGAUGUCAACAACAUUUGUGUUUGGUGCGAGAACUAUCCGGAUGUGGGUCCAGCAUGUAUUUCAACUCGACAGGAUCGAAUGUGCUUUCCAGAAGUGAUAAAGUAUGCAGAUCAAUGCAAGACCGAAGCAGAGAAAACUACUCUUACAGAUUCUAGACUUUCUCCCUUCAUCACAAAAAACUACACUGUUCAUCUUGAGUAUCUAAGAAAUGAUGUUUUUGGCACAAUUCAAAAAGUAGUCGGAGUUCAGAAUUUCAAGGUAUGGAUAGCACUAAACAGAGUUGUGAACACCAAAUCUGUUGUAGACAAGUGUGGUCGCCAUACUCCAAUAUCAUCAAUCGAAAUGGACGAUAUUAUGACGAACUCAUACCCCAUUGGCCGGAGAGAUCGAUGCUGGAACCUUGGACAAGUCAAAUCAGCCCGUCCAAUUCCACUAGAUAUCUUUAAACCUGAAGAAGGCAUUGUGCUCGAUUUUGGCACUUCGCCGUGUUGCUCUUGCUCGAGCAACACAAAAUACAUCAACACUACUGUUCUUCUAAAAGAAGGAUAUUGUCUACAUGACUUUUUCAAUUCAUCAGUAACUGAAGGAAACACUGCCAUGUUGACAAAUUGCUCGGAAAGCAACAGUUCCCUUCAGUUUGUUGUCCAGACAUCAGUGUUAUGUCGAAAUCAUCUCGAAUGGCGCCUUUCAGUAAAGAACACAACUGCGUUUUGUACAGUAAUAGAAUCGAAGAAAUUCAGAUGUAAAAUUGAUCUAAAAUCUGCAAUACCAACCGUAGUGAUUGCUUCCUCUUCUCCAUACUGCCAAAACAAUUUCUUACUGUGGAAAAGAUUUUCGAACGGCAGCAAAGUGAACGUAUCUCUAAAUCAGUUGCUUCUUAAAAACAACAUUCAAGAAGACUCUUGCCACUUUGUUAUAGAUCUGCAAGUUCUGUGCAAACUAUCUUUGGUUUACGUCUAUGCUAAUGACACACCUCAACUCAUACCAAUCAAUGGAUCUGCUUCGCUUCAAAGUAAUGUCUGCGACGUAGCUAAACCAUCCCACUCGCGCUGGUGGCUUGCAGUUGGAGGUGCAAUUGUAUGUCUGGUCAUCAUUACUAUUUGCGUCUUAGUUUGCAAACGUCAGCGACAUAGUAGAGAUGAUUAUAAGUCUCUUAGAAACAGCAAUCCAAAUCGUUCUGAAAUACCAAUUGAGUCAGUCAAUGAGAAUUGCCAGAGUUUAUCGCUAAAUGCUCAAAUCAACAUAAAUUCCGCAUCUGCAACUGACCAAAGGAUGGGAGAUACUGGUUCAAUGGCGGAAGCACAUACCGAAAUAGCAGACAUUCAAAGUGCGUCGGACAAGGACACUAGACGAGUUCAGAACGGAAUCAACAGAGUAGAAGCUAGAAUUAAACAACUAGAAACUACAGUAAACCGAAUAGAAACUAUGUUAGACAAGUACAUCCAAGCUGUCGACAGAAGUGACAAUCGCACAUAGAUUGCUUGUAUACACGUGUAUUUGCUACUGAUGAUGAGUUGGCUAGAUAGAUAAGUUCAAAUAUAUAAACUAGAUUUUGCAGCCUAGUAUCAGCAUAUACAAGUACAAGCAAUAUUUUCCUGUAAACAAAUUGAUCUAUAAAUCGUGCAGCACAAUA